AUGUCGGAGGUGUCACCAGAGCUGGAGCACGGAUCUGCGCUCUCAUCAACAAGAGCAACAGUAGUCUUGACAGAGAAAAACGUCGAUAAUAUUAAGCAGCAAAAUCAGGAUAGCAGGACAGCAACACCUCUAUCCAGCAUAUCCGAUUUAAGCUUGGAAGUGUCAGCACGACAUGGGAUGGAAGAUGAAAUGGAGCAAUCGGAUGAUCUGCUGUGCGACACAACAUCAUUAUUGUCAAAUCGUGAGAGAUCUACGGCUUCUGCGCAAUUUUUGGUAGCAUGUCAAGCUGAAGAGCACUCCCAGCAGUCAGAACACUCCUCUGUUUCUUCACCGGCACCAUCAACCACCGAAACACUUCCAAAAUUACGACCGACAGCCCCUGCACGUUGCGUGGUACCCAAUUGCUGCGACUACUUUACUUCGCCCCAUCCUCAUUAUCCAAAAGAGGUAGUUGGUAAAGCACAAAAAGUAGAGGAGCCGUUAAGCAGCAGUUCCUCGGAAACGAAUAUUGCUAACUUGGAAGCAACUAUUGAAACUGUUGAAAGCGAGAACAACAACCACACAGAAGAUCGCAGUAAUCAUGGCAAUGUAAACCGGAGUGGUCAAGAUAGCGACGAGUUUGAAAUGUGGGAUUAUGUAUGUCCGCAGUACGCUCGUCGUGGAUACGCUAAUGAAUGGGUUUGA